CCUCCUCCUCCUACCAGAGGUACGACAUACAGCAGGUGGCCCGGUGGGUGGAGCAGAUACUGCCCUUCACCCUGCUGCUGCUCGUCGUCUUCAUCAGACAGCACCUGCAAGGUUUCUUUGUCACCAUCUGGAUUGCUGCCGUGAUGUUCAAGUCCAAUGACAUCCUGCGCAAGCAGACUGCUCUCAAGGGGGAAAGAAAAAUGUUAAUUCUUGUUGGGAUUACAAUAUUGUUUAUCGUUCAUGUAUCUGGAGUGUACUGGUGUUACAAGAAUGGUGAUCUUAUCAGACCUCUGGUCAUGCUUCCUCCAAAAGAGAUACCACCAUUUUGGCAUGCAAUAUUCGUAAUCCUGGUGAAUGAUACAAUGGUGCGCCAAACUGCUAUGAUCGUGAAGUGCAUACUGCUAAUGUACUACAGGAACACCAAAGGCCGUAGCUAUCGUAGGCAGGGUCAAAUGUUAACACUCGUGGAAUACUUUCUACUUCUGUACCGUGCCUUAUUGCCUGCUCCUGUAUGGUACCGUUUUUUCCUGAACAAGGAGUAUGGGAGCCUAUUUUCUUCUCUAACCACCGGACUGUAUCUUACUUUCAAGUUGACAUCUGUUGUGGAAAAGAUCCAAUCAUUUUUUACAUCACUGAGAGCAUUGUCCCAUAAAGACUUCCAUUAUGGCUCAUAUGCAACGAGUGAGCAGGUUGCUGCUGCUGGUGAUAUGUGUGCUAUAUGCCAAGAGAAGAUGCAUGUCCCCAUUCUUUUGCGCUGUAAACAUGUCUUCUGUGAAGAUUGUGUCUCUGAAUGGUUUGAGAGGGAGCGCACCUGCCCACUGUGCAGGGCACUGGUGAAGCCAGCAGACCUCCGGUCAUUCGGCGACGGUUCGACAAGCCUCUUUUUCCAGCUUUUCUAGGCCGCAAACAGCAAGCAGGGAACCUCGCUUGCUUUGCGCUGUGCAGAUAAGAAAGCAGAUGUUAUAGGUGUGAGUGAGUGUGUUGUGUUUGUCCGUGUUUCGCGAGCAGAGCGGCCCGAUGAGGUGCUGAACGAUCCCAACGCCCCCUUCCCAGCUGAAGGUGGAGGGUGCAUGAGUGCGUUUGUUCCCAUGUGUGCAUAUUAUCCCCUGUAUAGGCUAUAAGAAGAAAUCUGACCCUACUACGAUUUACAUAAAUAGAAAUGAGUAUAUAUAGACUAUUGUUA